AACAAAGCGUUAACUUGUUCGAUGUGCGAUAUGAGACACGAAACGGGAUUGUUUUUGUUCUUCUGAAUCAGAAAAUAGAGCACACAUUUACACCAGCUUUCACACCGUGCAACGUCACGGGCUAGAUGCUAGAUUAAGAAACAGUGAGAUCAAGUCGAUAUCAAGAUCUACAGGAUAAAGUUCAUUAAGAAAAAUAAUAUGGAUAAUUAAAUACUGCGCUAAAAAGGAAAACUUUUACGAUUGUAGUUUGCGAAAAUGUAUGCAACUGCAGCUCGUGUUUCUACAAGAAAAAUAAGGACAUUGCUGAGAUCUUCAAAAGAAAGAAUAAUGGGAGAAAAAUUGGAUAAAUUUUUGUUGUUAAUGUGGAAGAAUUGGCUGCUGCAAUAUAGAAAACCAAUUCAAACCAUAAUAGAAAUUGUCGCUCCUGUUCUCUUUUCAUUCCUUUUAGUCUACAUCAGAAGUUUGUCGGAUCCGACAUAUGAACAUGAAAGAAUAUAUAAGCCAUUUUGUGCUUUCGAGGGAAACUUCAACCUUAGCCUACCGCUUUUUUGUAAUGACCCAGAUGCUGUGCAAGCAGGACCAUCAUUAUUUAGUAAUAUGCAAGCUGGUGAUAGCAAUUUCAGCCUUACAAUAUUAUAUACUGCUCCAGAAGAUAAAUACUACGACGAUGUAAUAGGCUUCUUUAAGUUAAUACCAAAAGUCAACACUCAGCGUGUAAUAAGCUCAGGCGAAUUAGAAAGAAUAUCAUUAGCUGGAAACUCAUCCUAUUAUGGUAUCGAGUUUGGAGGGGAUAGAGACAAUGUAGAGGUUAAUAUAAGAUUUCCAGGAGAAACAGUGUAUCAAUUAGAUUCGAUUGGACGUCAAAAUUGGAGGACCAACUUAGUGUACCCCGUAUUUCAAAGCUCUGGUCCAAGAUCCCCCGACAAUGCUACUGGAUCAGCACCAAAUUAUUUUGCUGAAGGAUUUCUGGCCGUACAACAUUUUGUGACUACUGCUCUUCUUCUAGCAGAUAAGGGUAUUACACACGACGAUCCACAGGGAAUGUUUAAUUUUUUGAUGGACGCGUCUAAUCCAUUUCCUCUCAUACAGAUGCAACGUUUUCCAUUCGCAAGUUGGUUCAGUGACCAACUUCUAACAGCGCUUACGAGCAUGCUUGGAAUGAUUGUCAUGCUUAGUUUUGUCUACACUUGUAUAAAUACAGUCAAAUCUAUCACCACAGAAAAAGAAAAACAGUUAAAGGAAUCAAUGAAAAUUAUGGGACUUCCUAAUUGGCUACAUUGGUUGGCUUGGUUUGUCAAGUGCUUUAUUUUUGUUAUAAUUUCGGUAGCACUUAUGGUAGUACUUCUCAAAGUAAGGUGGUACUCGAAUACAGAAUUUACUGUAUUUACCUAUGCAGACCCAUUUGUUUUGUUUGUAUUUCUCCUGCUAUAUUGUUGCUCUAUGAUCACUUUUUGCUUUGCUCUGAGCGUCUUCUUUUCCAAAGCAAAUACUGCAGCAACUAUGGCAGGUUUGGCAUGGUUCAUAUCUUAUGCUCCUUAUCUCUUCAUGCAGAAUAACUACACUGAUCUUGCAUUAUCUACUAAGCUAUUAACAAGUUUGUUGCCAAAUACUGCUAUGGCUUUUGGAUUUCAAGUUGUACUUAUGUAUGAAGGAACUGGAGAUGGUGUGACCUGGAGCACUCUGUUUAAACCAAACACCCCAGAUGACACCUUGAGCCUGGGAUUAAUAUGGAUAAUGAUCAUAAUAAACACAAUAAUCUACCUAUUAAUUGCUCUCUACAUAGAGGCAGUAUUUCCAGGAGAAUAUGGAGUAGCUGAAAAAUGGUACUUCCCAUUCACAAAGAAAUACUGGUGUGGAAAAGGAGCUGUAUCAGAUUAUAAUAACUAUAAUGAUCAUUCAGCAAAUGAAUUCUUUGAAACCGAACCAAACCUUAGACCUGGGAUUCAGAUAUUCAAUCUGAAAAAAGCUUUUGGCAAGAAAACGGCUGUACGGAAUCUAAGCUUAAAUAUGUUUGAAAAUCAAAUCACAGUUUUGUUGGGUCACAACGGAGCUGGAAAAACUACGACGAUGUCCAUGUUAACAGGAAUGAUAAGCCCAACAAACGGCACAGCAAAAAUCAAUGGUCAUGAUAUCCGGUUAGACAUCGCAGGAGUCAGGAAUAGCUUGGGCCUUUGUCCACAACACAACAUCAUUUUCGACGAGCUCACCGUCGAAGAGCACUUGUACUUCUUCAGCAAACUCAAAGGUUUGUCUAAAAGCAAAAUAACAGCAGAAAUAGAUAAAUACGUCAAGCUGCUUGAUCUGGAGCCAAAGAGGAAGGAGAAAUCCAGUACUCUAUCAGGGGGAAUGAAAAGAAAACUUUGUGUUGGAAUGGCCUUGUGUGGAAAUUCGAAGGUUGUUAUGUUGGACGAACCUACUGCUGGAAUGGAUCCAUCAGCGAGACGAGUGUUGUGGGAAUUAUUACAGAAACAAAAAGAGGGUCGAACAAUAUUGCUCAGUACACAUUUUAUGGACGAAGCUGAUCUUUUAGGAGAUAGAAUAGCAAUCAUGGCUGGUGGAGAAUUACAAUGCUGUGGAUCCAGCUUCUUCUUGAAGAAGAAGUACGGUGCGGGAUACAGUCUUAUUAUGGAUAAAGCGAAAACUUGCAAUCCACAUAAAGUUACAGAACUGCUGAAGAAGUUUAUACCAGAGAUAGAGAUCCAUAGCAAUGUUGGAAGUGAACUAACUUACUUGUUAUCUGAAAAUAAUGCUCCUGUAUUCGAAGCAAUGUUAAAACAAAUAGAACAAGAAUCAAAUGAACUUGGAAUCAGGAGCUAUGGUAUUUCUUUAACCACUAUGGAAGAAGUUUUCAUGAAAGUUGGUGCAGACCAUGGACAAGAAGAAAUUUACAAUGAAAAACAGAAAAAGGACAAAAAAGAAAAAAAUCCUAUACUCACUUCUGCUGAUUUAGGUCCAGAAUCUUUAUCUCCCUCGUACACUGGUGGUUUACAUUUGAUUGUCAAUCAGUUCGUCGCAAUGCUUAUGAAGAAGAUUAUAGGAACCUUUAGAUCAUGGGUUUUGUUGGCGAUUCAGAUAUUUUUGCCUAUGAUAAACGUUAUUAUAGUUAUGAGUGUACCUUCAGGAAGUGUUCCCUCUGUUUUGCCGGCAAUGCCUUUAAAUUUAGCAAGAUUCACUGACCCUAUUACUUUAAUUGAGCGAUUUGACGAUCCACAAAAUUAUACGAAUAACUUCUACGGUGUUUUAAAUGGAUAUGGAAUGUCUCCAACAAAUAUUGACAAUAUUACCCGUAUAAUGUUAGACCUGACUGCAACUAAUCCAAACGUAGUGCGUAGAAGUUACAUUAUAGGAUCAACUUUCACAGAGCAAGAAUUUGAAUUUGGUAUCAUCAAGACAAUUCAUCCUGUUAUUACGGCAUGGUUUAACAAUGAUCCUUACCACUCACCUGGUAUUGCCUUAGGCAUGGCUUUGUCUUCCGUUUACAAUCACUACACUAACGGACAUAUUGAAUUUGUUAACAAACCAUUACCUUUUAAAGCUGCAACCCAAAUAGACAACAUUGUUGGUGGACAAUCUCAGGGAUUCCAGUUUGCAUUUAAUAUUGGAUUCAGUAUGGCGUUUAUCUCAUCAUUUUAUGUUAUAUUCUUGAUAAGAGAAAACGUAUCCAAGUCAAAACACCUGCAGUUUGUAUCAGGAGUGAAGGUUUACAUUUUUUGGUUUGUUAAUAUAAUUUGUGAUAUGUUUGUCUACUUACUGGUAUGUUCAGUAUUAUUGAUCACUAUAUAUUGUUUCCAACAAGAUGGGUUUAAGACAAGUGGAGAUAUGGGUCGGCUAUUUUUCCUAUUACUUUUGUUUGGUUGGUCGUUUAUGCCAAUUUAUUAUGUAGCAUCAUUAAUAUUCACAGUUCCAUCGACGGGUUACACAAGGAUGACUCUCGUGGGUAUAUUUAUAGGGAAUGCAGCUUUUCUUUUAGUUGAAGUGCUUAAAACGCAAAGCACAAACCUAAAACGUAUAGGAGAAACCUUGGAUAACGUUUUUCUUGUGUUCCCGCACUAUUCUUUAGCUACAGGAAUAAACAAAUGCUACGCUAUCUAUUCAUACAACACUCUUUGUGAAAUAGUAUUUGACUCGUGUGCUCAAAAUAAUUUUACUAAAGAUGAGUGCAUUUCAAAAUUUCCAUCCACUGUCGCUGAUAUUUGUACCAAUCUUAACGACAACUACUUUUCAUGGGACAAUAAUGGUAUCGCAAAAAAUGUAACGUACUCACUGAUUUCUGGUGUCUUGUGGUCAAUAUUACUAUUUAUCAUCGAAUACAAAUUCAUAGCCAGACUGAUGUACUACAUCAACCAAAAAUUCUUCCCGAAACAACCAAUUCUCAUUCAAGACGAAGACGACGACGUAUCCAAAGAAAAAGAAAGGAUUCACAUGGCCACAGAUCAUGAUAUACGUCAAACUAACAUUUUAGUCGUGAAAGAUUUAACCAAAUACUACAACAACUUUUUAGCUGUGAAUGGGUUGUCUAUUGGAAUUGAAAAGUCUGAGUGCUUUGGUUUGUUGGGUAUUAAUGGUGCAGGAAAAACUACAACAUUUAAAAUGAUGAGCGGAGAUGAAACUGUAUCUUACGGUGAUGCAUGGAUCGAAGGAAAGAGUGUAAAAACUCAACUGAAGCAAGUACAACGGAACAUCGGCUACUGUCCUCAAUUCGACGCUUUGCUGGAUGAUAUGACAGCAAGGGAAACGAUUAUCAUGUACUGCCUACUCAGAGGAAUAGAGUUUAAAAGAACCCAAAGAAUUGCGAAUUUCUUGUCUCGAGACUUCGAUUUUCAUCGUCAUUUGGACAAGAAAGUUAAAGAGAUGAGCGGUGGAAAUAAGAGGAAGUUAAGUACUGUUUUGUCGUUGAUAGGGGAUCCGCCAGUACUAUUUUUGGACGAACCUACAACAGGUAUGGAUCCAGCAACGAAACGUUACCUGUGGGAUUCAUUAUGCAAAAUUCGAGACAACGGCAAGUGCAUCGUUCUAACUUCUCACAGCAUGGAAGAAUGUGAAGCCUUGUGCACUCGAAUAGCCAUUAUGGUGAACGGCAAUUUCAAGUGUCUUGGAUCCACACAGCAUCUUAAAAACAAAUUUGCGGAGGGAUACACCUUAACCAUAAAACUAAAGAAAUUGCCAGAGAGCGGUGGUCUGGUACAUGCAGAUACAGAGUCACUGGAGAAGUAUAUCAAAGAUAAAUUUCCUUAUGCUCAUCUUAGAGAGAAACAUCAAGAACUAUUGUAUUAUUAUAUAACCGACACUUCCAUGGCAUGGUCCACUAUGUUUGGUAUAUUAGAAAGAGCUAAGCGAAGUGAUCUGAAUAUUGAAGACUAUUCUUUGGGACAAAGUAGUCUAGAACAGGUAUUCCUAACGUUUACAAAACACCAAAAUCCAGAAGGUGACGAUGUUAAGAAGAAGAAUUAGAAUAAUAAUUGAAAUAUAAAUAAAACAUAAAUAAAACUAAUGUAUAUAUUUUUUGUAUUAUGUAAGAUAAAAAAAUUUACAAAAUAUACUAUUUAUUAAAUA